GUGUCGGAGGCUCGGGUGGCUCAGCUGCUGCGGGACCCGACCUCAAUCAGAGCCUCCAGAUCAACACACAGCUCACCGUCAGUUUCAUGCAGUCGCAAUUGGUCAACGCCAUGCAUCUGAAGCCAAAAAACCGCUUCAAGUUAGUCCGCACAAAGUUGCAGGGUUUGUUCAAUGCGGCCAGGGUUCCAGUCAGUUGGAUUGAUCUUGACAUCUCUCCUCUAUUGCGCUAUAUAUACAACCGCUCUUUCCAGUUCAAUUCUCCGUGAUUGCGCAGCCAAUCUUCAAGAAUCAAACCAGUUCGAGCCAAUCAUGGUGUCUCCAGAUGCUGCAAUCGCAAUCGUCUUCGGGCUCGUCGGAGCAAUUAUCAGCUUCGCCGGGGUCGCCAUUGCAUGCCUUACGUUACGCUUCAUGAUGAGUGCGCUCCCCUCCCCUCUUUACCAGCUUGAGUCCACAUUCUGUUCAAGUGUCUAUGUUGAUAGAGUGCUAAAACAGAUGAGCGAAGCCAGCGAGUAUAUGACCAUCGUGAGGUUCUUCGUCAUGAGCAUAUGCAUCUCAUCUCAUUAUCUGAGGGUGAAGGAUUGAGGCAAAGAGCUUCAAGGACCAAGUAAUGAUGAUCGUAGUGCAUUUAUAGAGAGUAAUUUCUAAGAGUAUAGUCAUAUAGUUAUAAAUGCCGUUCAAAGUUCAUUGAAUUCGUCGGAGAUGCCAGAGAUAGUCACGUGACUGUCAGACCGUCCCUUCUGUCAAUUCCAUUGUGGCUUCCUG